GGUCAGGUCACAAGUGAAAUUAUGAUUCAUCCACAGCCAUUGCAAUUUGCAAGUAGAACCAAUCGUUACUGUAAUUAUUUUAAUAUUUAUACGAUUUAGACGAUUUUUCCAAUAGCAGCUUUUCAAUUAGAAAUAAAUAUGGAAUCACCAAUAAACAUAAAUAAAUUUAAAUCAAUGAUGAUUGAAAGAACCUCAGCUGAGCCUUUGGAAGAAAAUUAUUUGAAAGUCAGUAAACAGGCAUGGAUGGGCGAAAAUAAAAAUCAAUUAAAAAUAUUGGAUCCGAAUGAUCCAAUAAUGAAUAGAUUUCAAGAAGCUCUUCGAACUCAUCUCACCAAAAUCGAUAAUAAACUAUCAGAAGAAAUUAAUGAACUUGAAUCAGGAAUAAAAAAUGUCAAGAAAGAAUGUGAAAUAGAAAACCAAAAAUUAUACGGUGCUCAAGUAGAAAUUUCUCGACAACAAAAAGUUCUGGAAAAAUAUGAAUCCAUGUUAGAUAGAAUAAAAUCUCUCUAUGAAACUAAUGAUCAACAAAUAAAAGAUCUAAAAGAAUUACAAAAGCAAAUUUCGAAAGAAUUACAAACAGAAAAAUCGAAAGAAAAAGAACUUGUUCGUAAAUUGGAAAACUUGUCAAACCUCGAAACUUCCUUCAUUGAAUGGGAAAAUGAAAUAAACAAGGAAUUGGCAAUUUCACAAAGAGUCUCCGAAAAGGAUGCAAUAAUGAAAAAAGAAUUGAUCCAACAAAAAAAGCGCAAUGAUUACAUUCUUUUUAAAGUAAUGAACGAAGUGAACAAAAUAGAAGAUGAAAUUCGUUAUCUGGACGAUCAAUUGCAAUUGAAGGAAAAGGAAAUAAUUUAUGCUGCUCAAAUGUUGGCCGACGCAAGUACAGAUUUAGAAGUUGUGCAAAAGGACCAAAAAAUUUUACUAAGCACAUGGAACAGUGUUUUGGUUUGCAUUAGUCAGCGAGACAAUAUAAACGAUCAACUUGGCACUGAAAAAAGAAAAAUACGCGAUUCAUUUCAUAAUUUACAAAUUCAAACGGAGAAAAUGAAAAAGGACACAAAUAAAGAAAUGGAGAACAACGAACAACUUACGGCCAUUCAUAUGCAAUUGGAAGGCGAAAUGAGAAACACAACGAAAAUAAUUUCUUUAGCAAAAGACAAAGUUGAAAAUUUGGAAUCUCAAUAUGCGAAAACAACCAGACUUCUCGAACAAAGUCAAAAAGACUAUCACACUUCCUCUUUGGAAUAUCAACAAUGUGAAGCCGAGGAGAUAAUAAUCGAUAAAGAUACCAGUAGGAUUUUGGGUCAAAAAUUGAAACUCGAAGAGGAAAUUGUGUCUAAUUUAGAUGACAAAAUAACGCACAAUAAAGUAAUACGUCAUUUAAAUAAAUUACUGUCAGACAUUAGAAAUUCAAAUCAGGAGCAGGAAUUAUCGAUGAUACAAACUGAAAAUACUUACGGGAAAAAUAUUCACGAAAUCGAAAAACUUAAUUCACAACUCGAUAACGAAAAGUCAGAUCUGCAAGAAAUUGAUAACGAAAACAUGAAAAGGGAUCAAGAAAUACAGCGAAUGCAGGCGGAAAUUGAAAAGUGCGACAAUCUUUUGGAGCAGAAGCAAAGAAAAAUUGUUACAUUGAACAAAAAAAUAGAGGAGAUUCUGUCAACCGUUGGCGAGGACACGAAUCCGCUGGACUUGAAAAUAGGAUCUCUCGAGAGAAGCAUAGACGAGAUAGAAUUAAAGACGAAAAAGUUAAAGCAAUUUUGGUUGCGUCAAGAGGGAAAUAUUGUGACAGUCAGUCAGCAAAGAAAUAAUCAAAUACAAGAAAUUAGUCUCACGAGUAAACAAAUUACCGUCAUGGAACAAAAAAAUCUAAAACUGGAAAUCGAAAUAGAUAAGCAAAAUAAGGAGAAGGCAAAUAUGGAGAAAAUAAUUAAUUUAUGUCAACAAAAGAUAGCACAAAUAAACAGUCGACUUGCAACUCAAAGAGACUUGAAAGAAGACCUAGAAAGUAAAAAUUACACAAUGAAAAACGAAUAUAUCAAAGCUCUUCAAGAUUCAGAAACAGAACUUAUAAAAUUACAAAAUGAAAUUAAAUGUCUAAUAAAUGAAAAGGCAGUUCUUAAAGAUCAAUUACUUCUCUUGCAACGUGAGAGUCUUUCUUGGGAAAAGAAGGUUCAAUUAGCAAUUGAAACGAGUAAAUCGUUCAAAGAAGAGCGCAACACUGGUGGAGAUGUGGCAUUAAUGAAAAGCGAAAUACACAAAAUGGAAAUACGAUUGUCACAUUUGAAAAAAAUUCAAGAAAAAUUAAUAAUGGACAUGGAAUUUUGUAUCACGAGAAGAGAUAUUAUUUUAAAUGGAGCAAUAGCCAAGGAAAAGAGAAAUCCAAGGGGAAUGCAUAAUCAACGAUUUAUACUUCGUAAACGAUUGGACGAUCAAAAGACCAAAAUUAAACAAAUUGCCAAAGAAACAAAACACAUUGAACACAAUACAGUUUCUUUGGAGAUGGAACAAAGAAAAAUAUUAGAGAAACUAGACGGUGGCCAAAGAAUUUUGCGAGAAAAUGAAGAUGCAAUUCCAGAUAUUGAAAAGCAAAUAAUGGAAGCUGAACUUAUAAAAUACCACAAUCUGGAAAUUCUUGUGAGAAAACAAAGAAAAUCGUCAAUGCUCCAAGAUGUGAAAAAUGGAAAAUAUAAAAUGAUUUUUAAAUCAGAAUUCGCAUUAUGUGAAGAAAUUAAAAAUCAACAAAUUUUAAAUACUAAACUAAAAGAUAUUAUGAUUCAGACAAAUCACGAUUUUCCACUUUUGCAACAAUAUAUUCGUAAAAUACUCUUGACUUUAGAAGCAGCUUAAUGAAAGUACUUUCUU